AUGGCUGCGAGCAGUGCCAGUAGCCCUGCGCCUAUAUGUGUGGCUUCAACUCGAUGGGAUGAUGAACCUGGCGAUGCUUCUUUAGACAAUCAUGGCCGAGGAAUGCCGACAAUCGCACCCAGUACAAAUGAGAACGCUUCUGAUCUAAACUAUGUCAAGAGCGUCGAAUGGACUCCCGAUGGCACCACCCUUCUGACAGACUCUGCAGAUCAUCAUAUAAGGACUUAUAUUCUGCCUCCUGAUCUUCUGGAAGAGAAACCGUCACCGCAUCAUCUAUCUCCAUACUCGGUUCUACCUUCAGCAGAGCCGACUUAUGCAACCGCUGUUUAUCCUUUUUAUUCUCUCCAAGAUCCAUCUACAACCUUGUUCCUAUCAUCUGUUCGAGACCAUCCAAUCAGGCUGGCGUCAGCUCUUGCACCCACGUCGGUGGCGACUUAUUCCUUAAUACACCCAACGACGGAGGCUUUCAUAACUCCCCAUUCGAUUGUCUACCCAAACGCUCUUGGUGGAACACACUUUCUUACUGGGUCAGAUAGCCUUAUAUGCCUUUUUGAUGUUUCUCGCCCUGGCUGUGAUGGCCCUGUUUCUUGGAUGCCUACUAUACCUAGUAAGCGUAAGCAGACAGUGGGGGGAGGCGUCGGAAUGAAGGGCAUCAUUUCCGCCAUGGGCCUCAAUCCGACUGGAAAUGGCGUAUUGGCAGCUGGUACCUUUUCACGACAGAUUGGGUUGUAUGAUUCAAAUGGCAGCGGACAGUCUUUGGGCACAUUUAGCGUUGCAAAGACCGACGCUAGUCGUCGCAUCGGGGGUCGAGGUGUCACCCAGCUUCUUUGGAGCCCUUGCGGCAGAUACCUAUACAUCGCUGAACGGAAAAGCGACGGAGUGAUGAUAUACGAUAUUCGAGUUACCGGACAGUUACUUGGCUGGCUAGAAGGCCGCAAGGCCAUCACUAAUCAACGAAUGAAGAUUGACGUUGUGUCUACUGAUCAUGGUGCAUCCCAUGAGAUCUGGGCUGGAGGAACUGACGGGUUUAUGAGAGUAUGGCGAGACCCUACGCAGACUGUUGGAGCGCAGGAACCAGCCUGGGAAUGGAAAGUCCAUGAUGACUCAGUGAGCAGCACUGUUCUACAUCCAAUAGGGAGCGUUGUGGCUACGUGCUCUGGGCAGAAACACUACUCGGACGAAGAAACCUCUUCCACAGGAAAAUUAGAUAAUAGUGUGAAAGUGUGGUCAAUGCCAUUCCUGGAAGCCUGCUGA